UCUGUCUAUCAAACGGUAUCGCGUACAGCACUUCCUGAUGUCUAUGCCCAGCUGUUGGCAAAUGACCCGCAUCUCCACCAUCCGGCAGCAUCGUGUCUACACAGGACAGCCCUCAGUGUUUGUCAUCAUACCUGCUCAAAACACGCUGCUUGCCAGGACAACGUCCACGUAUGGAGUAGAAUAACUGAAAUAGGCUUAGAUAGUCCAGAGAGUGAGAGUGAAUCCUUUCAAAUUGGAUUUUUGUGUCCUUAAGGUCGUGCUGCAGUACAGAAACAUAAGCUUUGCGUUGAGCGGCGCGUGCAUCUCAACUGCGGAGGAAGACAGUGGCGUAUUUUCAUUGACAGUAUUACUAAAGAAUUGGCGAUUGGGAUGGCCUUCACCAACACUACCAUGCAGAUAUUAACCAUGUGAAAGAUCUGGCAAAACAAAAUGGGGAUGGCUGAGAGGUCGUGUGUGGCGGUGAGCAGCUGAGGUCGGCUGUGAUCUGGAUCUUCUCUUCUGACUGAGAGCAUGUACAGGAGGAAUGGACUUCCUGCCAGCGUCAGCAUCACCUCCCGCCACACACAGGACAGCAGUAGUUCCGAGUCCCUGGAUGGACGGAGCUUGGACUCUGCCAAGAGCUUUGACGCGGUGGUGUUUGACAUGCUCAAAGUGACACCCGAGGAGUUUGCUAGUCAGAUCACUUUGAUGGAUGCUCCUGUAUUUAAAGCGAUACAGCCUGAGGAGCUGGCGAGCUGUGGAUGGAACAAGAAGGAGAAGCACAGCCUUUCACCUAAUGUUGUGGCCUUCACACGGAGAUUUAACCAGGUCAGUUUCUGGGCAGUGAGGGAGAUAUUGACGGCUCAAACACUGAAAAUUCGAGCAGAAAUAUUGGGCCACUUCAUCAAAAUUGCCAAGAAACUGCUUGAGUUGAAUAACCUGCACUCUCUGGUGUCGGUGGUCUCUGCCCUUCAGAGCGCACCUAUCUUCAGACUGAGCAAGUCCUGGGCGUUGAUCAGUCGAAAGGACAAGGCCACCUUUGAGAAGCUUGACUUUCUGACGUCAAAGGAAGAGAAUUACAACCGUAUGAGAGAGUACAUCAGGUCCCUCAAAAUGGCCCCCUGCAUCCCCUACCUAGGAAUUUACCUGUUUGAUAUGACCUACAUUGACUCCGCCUACCCUGCUUCUGACAGCAUCAUAGAGACUGAGCAAAGAACCAAUCAGAUGAACAAUCUGCUGCGCAUCAUCUCCGACCUACAGGUGUCCUGUAACUAUGAUCAUUUGGUCAUGUUACCACACGUGCAGAAGUAUUUGAUGUCGGUGCGCUACAUCGAGGAGCUUCAGAAGUUUGUGGAGGAUGACAAUUACACGCUAUCAUUGAAGAUUGAACCUGGGAACAGCUCACCUCGUCUGGUAUCCUCCAAAGAAGACCUUGGAGGACCCUCAGAAGUGUCCAUGUCAGUGAGGUAUAACCGAAGGCCGACCUGUCCUGAUACAUCAGUGGUUGCCCACCUCCCAACGCCACCCCCUGCACGACACAGAAAGAGCCACAGUCUGGGGAAUAAUAUGAUGUGCCAGUUUGGUGUAGUGGAGAGUAAAAGUGCAACAUUCCCUGCAAAAGAAAAGGCUCGACACCUACUGGAUGACAGCUUCUUAGAGUCUCACAGUCCUGUCAGAAACCACACACAUGAUUCAGUAUUUACCAACGGCAUCUCCCUGGGCAGUAGAGAGAGCUCUUUUAGUGAUGAAUUAUCAAAUACUGUUGAAAGAGGCCGUAUGUACGCAACACUUGGUCCAAACUGGCGAGUCCCAAUCUGUAACUCUCCUAGAAGCAGAAGUUAUAUUUAUAGCACCCCAGGGUCCGUAUCCAGCUAUGAAUGCAGUUCUCUGAGCAGCAUAACCAUUGAAGGGCCCCUGCGGAGAAAGACACUGAUGAAGGAGGGUAAAAAACCGACUCUCUCAUCCUGGAAGCGCUACUGGAUUGUCCUAUCCGGCUCCAUUCUCAUCUAUUUUGGUUCUAAAGCUCUAAGAGCAAAUGAGCGAAGACAUUACAAAUCCAGGCCAUGUAAAAAGAUCACGCUGACAGGUUGGAUUGUGGUGCUGCCAGAAAACCCGGAACAUCCAAAUAUUUUCCAGCUCACUGAUCCUGAAAGAGGAAAUGUUUACAAGUUCCAGACUGGAUCACGUUUCUCUGCGAUUAUCUGGCACAGACAUCUAGCCGAGGCUUGCAGGAGUACAAGGCCGCAGAUACCAGCAAACCUCAUGUCCUUCGAAUAGUUGCUUUUUGGGAAGUGGAAAACAAAUGAGGGGAACAAACCUAAUGGAGAAAGACAUAGCAGAAGAGUUUGUGCGAAGGGAAUGGCAUGUUAAGACUGAAGGACCUAACCUAAGUUGGAAAUGUGGCAGCUGUAUCUGUUGAAAAAGUCCAAAAUUCAUUGAAACAUUAUAGACACAGCUGUAUCGAAAGGAUGGUUUUGUGUCUUGAGUUUAGCUGUAACACUUUACAGUAAGGUUCGGUAACACUUUAUUUUACAGUGUCCUUGUAUUUAAAUGUAUAAUUACACUGAAACGAUGACACCUUGAAAUAAAGUGUAACCUAAGGUUCAAUUUGUUAACAUCAGUUAAUGCAUUAGGUUUCUUGAACUAACAAUAAACAAUUUUAUUGUAUUCAUUCAACUAGGCUAAUCUUUGUUUAUAAAUAUACUACUAUUCUUAAUUAAUGUUUGUUCCUAAUACUAAUUUCAAUUUAUACAAUAAUAUAUAACUGAUGUUAAUGAAUUAAAACCUUAUUGUUGGUUUUACCUGACAAACCUAAGGUACAUGUGAAAUAUGUUGUAAAUGACAUGUAAAAUAACUUUGUCUAAUAGAUGUCUUCAUGUGAUUAAGUGCCAAAAUUAUGACCUUUGUAUUGUUAAAUCUCCUAGACUUAUGUUCCAUUCAUGUUAGAUGUUAGAGCAAAAGUAAAAGCUGGACAAUGAGCAUAGGCAUAUAACUUGUGUCAUACAUUCAUAAAACAUUUUUUACAUAAGAGGGGAAAAAAAAUAGAUGCACUGUAGAGACAUCACAGUUGUUUCGUUUUCUUGUGGGUAAAAUUAAGAUUUGUUUAAAGUGCCCCUAUUAUGCUGUUUUAAAGGUUCCUAAUUUUGUUUUGGAGGUGUCCUACAAUAGGUUUACAAGCAUCAAAGGUCAAAAAACAUUUUAAUUUUCUCAUAAUAUACAUUGCGCAUCACCUUAUUUCUCACAGUCUGAAAAUGGUUUGUUCAAAGAUUGAGUCUCUCUAAACCCUCGUUUCCACAAGCCUAUUCUGCUCUGAUUGGUCAGACGGCCCAGUCUGUUGUGAACGGUCGACCACUAACAGCACGUGUCGGAAACGAAAUGCCUAUUACCAUAUCUAAAUUUCAGCUUUCGGAGGCUUCCUCAGCGCUUGACACACAGUGAUAUAAAUUAUCGUGUCUGGUUUUCCGUAUCAUCCUUUUGAAGUGCCUUCAAAAUUGGAUUCGCAGUGUUGAAAAUAGCGUCUCCUCAACAUGUCGAGGCCACAGUAAUAACUUCAGUGUUUGGGGGCGGGUCAAAGUAGACGACGUUCGCGGGAAGCCAAUGAAGACCAUAGGAUGGCAUUAUGCCAAUUUGUUACAUUGUUACAUAGGUAUGUAACAGGAAGUGAGACUGGAAUUGCUGAUGACUCGUUUCAGAAUCGAUUCUUUCUUUUAGGAGACAGGAACUUUAUUUGUCAUGCACUUUGACUUUGACAUUUGCAAACAGCUGUAUUACACAAUGCACGAAAGGUAAUAUUUGAAAAAGCAUAAUCGGGGCACUUUAAGAUUUACGAGCACAUUAUCUGAUGAAAAUGAUGCUCGCAAUAAUGAAUUGACCUUCGUUACAUAAAGGGAAUUGCAUAUUAACACAAUAAUGUACUUUAAAUGGCAAAUGUGGAUCAUUAAACAUAAUAUCACACGGGUAUCAGUAAAUAAGUGCCAAUGUUAACUUGGUGUAGUUCAAUUCAAGGUUAUGUAGCGGAUUUACCUAUGGACAUGUCUUGACAUCAUAAAGUGGGCAGGACCCAUUAGGUAUAUGAAUACUGUUUAGGUUUUAUAGACAUAAUGUUGUAAAAUAAAGUCCUGGGAGACUGAAGGGAAACAACUGUGUUCUGAUCAGAGCAGAUGAUGGGUUGAAUGGUGGAUAAUGGAUUCUUUGGGGAAACCACAAUGAUGUUUUUAGUGGUUGCUCAGUAUUCACAUUAUCUAACACUUCAGUGUAUUAUUAUUUUUGGCUAUUUCUGUAUUUAUUUAAAUGGAAUACAUCAAAAGGCUUGUAUUAAUUGUAAAGUACAUUGCAAAGUCUAGUAUUUUGCACAGUCACAAAUUUUUAUAAGGUGCAGAAAUAAGACUUAUUCCUCUUUAAAGGUGAUGUUAAGGCACUUCUGAAUAUGAAGUGUAGAAUGUGUUGUAUAUUGCAAAUUGCAAAAGAAGAUUAUAAUUAGUUUGAUAUUCUGUAAGGUCUCUGGAACAUGCAUGGAUGGUUUGGACUAACUCAUAGGUUUUUGUGUCACUUCAGUAUCAGUAUACAUGCCUGAACACAUUAUUGAGGCACGACAUCUACAGUACAAGAACUAUAACGACUGUGAAAAAGGUGUCAAAACGACUACAACAUGUGAUGAAACGAUUACAACAUGUGAUGAAACGAUAAAUGGUGGAAUGCUGCAAAACAAAACCUUCUCACAGGUUUUGUUGAUUUGCAUCAUGUAAGCAACCAUUCCAACUGUGACUGUCUGAAAUAUGCUAGAUAGAUCUGCACAUACGUUUUCAACAAGUAUUACUAAGUGGUUGCUACCUCCUCUUUCAUUUUCUUUUUUGGAUUUAUGGUUACCUUACCAUCUGAAAGUUCACAUAUAUUUAUGUAUAUUUAUGUCCUCUGCUCAUGGAGGAGUUUGGAUGUUUGACUGUUCUGCUCAGUUCUCACAAUGUGAUGUCACUGAAUCUUUAUAUGGUCUAUAAUCUGAACAUAUAGGCCUUUUACUAACAAGAUACUUUUUGUGUUUGGUGUUUUCUCUUUAUGGAAAUAUAUGCUUAAUGAAAAAAAACUGGUAUGGUUUGACUUAUUUCACACUUACAUGCCAUAAUCCUUUAAUAUCUUUAUCAUCAUGAUAUGGACUACAGAAUCCUAUUAAGUGGGGGGAGCAUUUAUUUCACAUUUAAUAAGUGUUACUUAUUGCAUUUCAGCCGUAAUAUUAAGGGGACUGUGUUUCUUUAACAUUUAGACGGAGCUACAAAGACUGUCUGUGAAAUGACAGUAACAAAACAACAGAUAUGUACCGUUGACACACCCUGACUCGUUCCUUUCGCCAGUCCGAGAAAGGGCUUUUCUGGUGAGCCUACAAGUACGAAGGCACCUCUGAAUAAACACAUGCGCAGAUGGAACAAUGGCAUCCGGAUUCUUGUGAGUGAAAUAACGGUGGCUGGUAGCCUAAACAGGACUGGAAGGGUGAUAAUCACAUAGACGAGACCAGGAGUGAGUUAUGUGCAUACUCGACCAUGGUUAAGCUAGAGCUCCAAGUCGGCAAUUCUGCUGACGCCACGCAGCGCAAAAAUCUCUCCAAGUCCUGAUUAGCUCGCUCGGCCUGACCAUUAGUCUGCGGAUGGUAACCGGAGGAUAAACUCGCAGUCGCCCCCAGCUGUCGAUUCCCUGCACCUGCACAUCAUUACCUGCACUCACUAUAAAUACUACCUUCUCCUGCACUCCCUUGUCUGGUCUUGUCAACAUCUACCUUACCAUGUUGUUUUGCCUGACCCACUUACCUGCUAAAUACUUACCUGUUGUUCCUGUGAUACGUCCUAGUUCUCCACUGCUGCUGUUCUCCACCGUCUCCAUGCUCCUCAGCUCCCUCUGGAUCCCCUGGAACACACACAGACACCAUCAGACUCAGAUAAGCCACACAAGACUUUCCCACUCCUCGCCUGCUUACCUGGACUGUCCUCUCUCCUGUGUUGUCUUCAUCGUUGUUUAAUAAACCUGCUGUUAAUUGUACCACUUACCUCAGAGUCCCUUGUCUAUGUGCUGACAGAAGACCAGACCAUUACCAACACCAUCCUGGCUGAGGACCGCCUCUGGGGUUCCGUCCAUUGCUGUCCUCCGGCAAAUUCCCAAGUCCUCAGUGCAGUGAUGAGGAUGAGCCUGAGCCCUCAGCCGUAAUGGUCUCCACACUUGUGCCUUUAGGCCUUUUAGUGGAGUAUGAGGGGAUGUCCUGGAGCCCAGUGAUGGCUCCUGCCCCUGAGUCUGAUCCAGUGUCUGCCUCAGCCCGUGACCAGAGUCCAGAGGUGACUCUCUCCUUCGUCCCGAGUCCAGAGGCGACUCUCUCCUUCGUCCCGAGUCCAGAGGCGGCUCUCUCCUUCGUCCCGAGUCCAGAGGCGACUCUCUCCUUCCUCCCGAGUCCAGAGGCGACUCCCUCCUUCAUCUUGAGUCCAGAGGCGACUCCUUCCAUCAUCCCGAGUCCCGAGAUGGAUCUCACAAAUGGCGCUUACAUUUGUGUGUGUUUGAGCCACCCACACAAUUACUCGAGCCCCUGACCAGCAUCCAGUGAUGGCUCCAGCCCCUGACCAGCGCCCAGUGAUGGCUCCAGCCCCUGACCAGCGUCUAGUUAUGGCUCCAGCCCCUGACCAGCGUCCAGUGAUGGCUCCAGUCCCCGAGUCAGCUCCAAACUACGCUCCAGUCCCCGAGUCCGCUACAGACUCCGCUCCAGCCUGCGAGUCUGCUCCAGACCCCGCUCCAGCCCAGAGACCCAUAGCUCCUCCCAAGAAUUUUUUGGGGGGUGCCAUAUACCUGUGGCCAUAGUAGCCGAGCCUGGGGUCAGGAACGAGGCCGCCAAGGCCCCCCGAGUUACCGGCGCCGCCCUGGCCCCCUGAGUUACCGGUGCCGCCAUGGCCCUUGAGUUCCUGACUCCGUCCUGGAGGGUGCAUAGCUACCUGCACCGUCACCAUCACUCUCCUGCUAGACUCCAGAACGUCCGCCCUCCCUCCCCGGUUGUUCCAUCUACGGCGCGAGGACGCGCCUAUUGGGAGGGGGGAGUUAAUGUCAUGGUCACUAUUUGUCUCACCGUCCCUGAACUCCAUUUCCCAGCAUCCCUCCUGAUCCACACCUGCACCCAGUCAGCUCAUCAUCUCUUUGUGUCAUGGAUUCCCUGCACCUGCACAUCAUUACCUUCACUCACUAUAAAUACUCUCUUCUCUUGCACUCCCUUGUCUGGUCUCGUCAACGUCUACCUUACCAUGUUGUUUUGCCUGACCCACUUACCUGCUGAAUACUUACCUGUUGUUCCUGUGAUACGUCCUAGUUCUCCACUGCUGCUGUUCCCCACCAUCUCCACGCUCCUGAGCUCCCUCUGGAUCCCCUGGAACACACACAGACACCAUCAGACUCAGAUAAGCCACACAAGACUUUCCCACUCCUCGCCUGCUUAGCUGGACUGUCCUCUCUCCUGUGUUGUCUCCAUCGUUGUUUAAUAAACCUACUGUUAUUUGUACCACUUACCUCAGAGUCCCUUGUCUAUGUGCUGACACCAACCAGUGACGCCACUCCUCCAGUGCCAACUUAACAGCCAGUAGAAAUCCCCAAUGUUGUAAUUCCGUUCGGAAGGGCUGAGACGAUGAGAAAAAAAGCGCAUGGGUGUACUCUGUCAUCCGAAGGUGAUCUCUGGGACAAUACUGCCCCUACUCCUACCUCAGAUGCAUCCACCUCCACAAUGAAUUGACGAGACGGGUCAGGGUUGGUGAGAAUGGGAGCCGAAACAAAGCGAAGUUUUCAAAUGCUUCUUGAGCCUGCGUCGACCAACAGAAAUGCAUUCGUGUGGAGGUGAGACUCGUCAGCGGCAGGGCAAACUGGCUAAAACCCUGAAUGAAUUGCCUGUAAAACUUGGCAAACCCCAGAAAGUAUAGAUGGAUUGGACUAACUCAUAGGUUUUUGUGUCACUUCAGUAUAAGUAUACAUGCCUGAACACAUUAUUGAGGCAGGAAAAGGCUGUAAAUCACUUAUUGCUUUAUCGUUUCGACUCAACUGUGAAAAAGAUGCGUCAAAACAACUACAACAUGAUGAAACGAUAGAUGGUGGAAUGCUGCUCUCACAGGUUUCGUUGGUUUUGCAUCAUUUAAGCAACCAUUUCAGCUGUGACUGUCUGAAAUAUGCUAGAUAGCGCAUCUGCACUUACGUUUUCAAGUAUUACUAAGUGGUUGCUACCUCUUCUUUCAUUUUCUUUUUUGGAUUUAUGGUUACCUUACCAUCUGAAAGUUUACAAAUAUAUUUGUGAGGAGUUUGGAUGUUUGACUGUUCUGCUCAGUUCUCACAAUGUGAUGUCACUGAAUCUUUAUAUGGUCUAUAAUCUGAACAUAUAGGCCUUUUACUAACAAGAUACUUUUUGUGUUUGAUGUUUUCUCUUUAUGGAAAUAUAUGCUUAAUGAAAAAA